AUGUCCUCCAAGAUAGCAGCUUCCUCUAACCCGUACGACGAGAUCAAACAAUCUCUAGGCGCUGAGACAUGUCCGGCCUCCACUGUGAAGUUGCUGAAUGAGGCCCUGUUCGCUCCCGCAUCAUCUAUGGUUGCCGCAACCUUAAAAGUGUCCACAAGAACCAAUCACUCACGAACGAACUCGAGAUCUCAAAAGACGGUGGUGGCCGUAGGGAGUGCUUCAGUUGCGGUAACGUUGGCAUCUAGGACUGCAGAUCGGUACAAAUUGGCCAUUGAGGUUAUCAAUACCAGUUUACGAAAUCUUAGCGAAGCUGUGAAGAAGGACCCGAAAGCUACGGUACUAGAAGUACAUGAGAAGGAUCAACCAGUUCGGAAAACAGAGAAACAACAGCAGACCUCGGUAGCUCGUUCUUCGCAUUCUCGACCGUCAAAUCGGAACGAUGCGCCUACGCUUCUUAGACCAGACGCAACUGAGAACCUCGCAAUAUGUUGUUCACUAGCCAUUUCAUACUUGAAUUCGAUAUCCGGGUCUUCGAAUGCACUCGACAUUGCGCCGUUGCAAAUUGAGAAUGCACAGAAUAGUCUUAUAUUGAAGUUAAUACAGUUGGGUAUGUUUGAAUUGGGGUUGAAGGAGUCACGAAGUUUAAAGCGGACAUUGGCAGAGGCGAUGAGAAGUGGGGGCGGAAGUGAAAAACAGGGCAAGCCGACGCCGGCGGUGGCUCUGGCAGAAAAAGAAGAUUCGCGUAGGAAUGUCUCAAAGGCGCAGAAGGAGCCAAUUGAUAAACUAUUGGAAUUUGACGAUGUGGUUACUUCGAGUCCUGCAUUUCCUUUGGUUAUAUCUUGUCAGUUGGGAAUAUUACGAUGUAUUGCGGGACUGAAAAGGCCAGAACUGGUGGAGGCCGUUUUACCCACACUCUCUUCCUCUACAGUGCACAAUCCGCUCAACGUUAUCCGUGCUCUGGCCGGAACCUCUCUUCAGAAAGCUCUCGCACAUUUGAAUGUUCUUCAUUAUACACUAGUUUCUAUGGCGCCAUCCAUAUCUACCUCUAUCGAUGCUGUAGCGACCAAUGCUAAACUAUCCUGUUCUCCUAGAGCCGCCUUAGCUCUCCAGACCAAAGCUUUACAGUGUAGCAUCGUGAAGUUGACUCUUCAACCUAACUUCACAGAGAUAACCGAUAAGGUGAGAGAGGAGCAUUGGGAGUCUUGGAGGAGAUACGCUUCAGCUUUUGUUCGACGCACACAAGACUAUAGCAAUAAGCGGGAACGAUACGGCAUUGUUCGGGAUUUAGCGGAUGCUGUGAGGAGGUUCCUCAGGGUUGAGGGUGCAUCGCACUCCUACUCGCCUGAGGUUACGAGGAUUCUCUCUAGUUUAUCAUUCGAGGCUGGACUGAUGACCCAAUCCAUGGAAUUAACGAGGGCAUGGGUCCAGGAGCUGGAAAAGUCAGAUGUUCAGAGCGAUGCUGCAUUAGAGCUAGUGGGCAGAGUCAGGAUGGCAACGGCUGAGCUAAAGAUUUCCAUGGUCAUGGAGGACGGAGAGCUGCUAGUAGAUGGCUCGGGUGUUCAGCGAAUAAAGGACCGGGUGGGCACUGCUGUCGAAGGGCUCGAGAAGAUUUCGAAAGGCAGAAGAUCAGACCUCGACCAGUUACUUGUCGAAGCCGGAUAUCUGAGGAGGAGCGGUGUUAGCUUGCUUGUAGCUCUUCUCAAAGAUGAAAGUCCGGGGUUCAUAGAACUCAAAGAGAGCGAAGCAAGGACCGUGAGGUUGGAGCUUCGAGAUGUCUGCAAUAUGAUUGCUCGAGGCGUUGUCGGAUUCUGUCGAAAGUAUCUAGCUAUGGGAAGCCAAGGCGAUGAACGAACAAAGGCCAUAAAGCUUGCCGUCUCUGCGAUCGAUACGUCCAUAUCUACUGCUUGGAGAGGUUUCGAUAUCGAAUAUUGCGCCCAGUGGGAAGGAUUGGAAGAACUGACGAGGGAUUCCUUGGCUCUUGUUCGAUCAUUGACGGAAUCUGAUCUAGAGGCCCUAGGUGAUUUAACACUUUACGAGAAGUUUUCGAGCACUUAUUGGCAGAUCCAUUUGCUUUAUCGGAAGGCUGGUAUGGACAAGGAGAGCGUUCGGGCUUUGAAGCGCAGCAUAUCAGUAUUAGACGGGAGACCACCUGCCCAACUCGUCAAAGCCAACAUCGCCUUAAAAUGGGAACGCCUAGGAAGCUCGUUUAUGUCCACGGGGGAUUGGAGAAGAGCUGAAGAGACUCUUUUAAAGGCAAUGGAGGUUUUCACUGAAACUGGCAUUAUUGGGGAGCUAGGGAUUUGUGCCUCAAAGGGCGAUCGUAUCGGCAGCGAGUUUGAGGUGCAUACGCAGGAGGCUAUGGUGGGACGGGUUUUGGCAAGUCUUAUCAAAUGUGCAUCGCGAAGGAAGAGCACUGAAGUGGCUGCGCUCCGAUUCGACGAUGAGAAAAUUGCAGCAGCUGCGCGGGGGAUGCUUCUUGAAUGGUCCUUGAAGUUGGCCAUCGGUGUGAUGGCUAAUGAUGGGGUUGUUGUGCGUGUGCUCGCAGAGAGAUUGCUUGAGGCAUACCCCCUGGAAGCGAUGCCGCUACGGAGGGCCCGCGUGGUAUCGAGGAUUUUAUGCCUAGCUGUGGACCAUCCAGAGAUUUUCAACAUUGAAGAAGUCAGGGUUAUUGGUGAUGAAGUUGCUUCCUGGUCUAGAGAAACACCGAUACCAUCCUUGGCAGAAGACGGAAAUUUGGCGAAAUACAAAGAAGACAUAAUCGCAGGCUGUCUGGUCAGUUUGGCAUUUUUGAAAUGGAUCAAUGGAGAAGCCGGGGUGGAGUCGGUCAAAGAGGCUGUGGGGGCUUGGGGUACACUUGUGAAAGGAUGUUCAUCAUGGGAUAUGCUUCUGGAAAAGGUGGAGGAGAUUAGCGUUAUUAUGAAGACGCUUGAUAUGCUUGCCGAGUUUUCCGAGAUGAGAGGCGAGGCAGACUUAAAAAUGUGUGUGUUGAAGGUCUUGGUUUCGUUAAGGGAGAUCGAGAAGCAGGCCGAUUAUGAUGCGCUUGUUCGCCUCGAAACCUUGAUAGGGCUACACUAUCUCCGACUUGGAUAUUCCGGCAGAUCUGGGAUGACCAUGGCUAAGGCUCAGGCGUUGAUGAAGAAGGAUCAGGCUAGUGUAUCGACAGUUACAAUACUUCAAUGGCACAUGGCGUACACCGAAUACCUUGUUAAUAUAGGGAAUCUUGAAAAGGCGGAAGAGUACCUUAACGCCGCUAGCAAUAUUCUUGAAGAGGACCAAGAUCUCCACUAUGCCGGGAUGUCAGGCGCCCGCAUUGCAAAACGAGUGAAGCUAAAUCGUAUCAUCGCAGAUGCCGCCUACGUAAUGAGCUUGCUUACUUUUGAGAAGGGGAAUCCUAGCGAUGCAUUGGCGCAUGCUAGGCGGUGUGUACGGCUUAACCAGCGCGCAUGGGCUGGGCUCGAGAGUUUAAGCAGAGAUAGUCUCGUCGACAGCAUGGCAACACUAAGCACCUCCGACUACCCGCAACCGAAGGUCCAAUCGACGACGUUCGGGGCCCUCAAUGUCCCUCUGCUAUGGCCUCUAGUUUCCUCGCUAUAUGCUGGACUAUUACAAACAUCUAAUAUUUAUCGGCAUCAAGGAAUGGUCCGCGAGGCGGAAUUUUACCUUGAACAGGCACUUAAGACAGUUGAAGCUGUCAACGCGUCCCCGAGAGUCAGUUUGGCAAUGACGAUGUACGGGGAUUUACGUAUAAGAUCCGGUCAUAUAGACGAAGGCGAGGAGAUGCUACAGAAAGCUGGCAAGUCUAUAGGCGGAGGCAGGGAGGCCUUGGAAUUUGAAGUAGCAAGUGGAAACUUGGAUCGUCUUCGAGGGGAUUUCGCCGGGGAAGGGAGGGCUUACGAGCGGGCAGAGAAACAACUCGAACAGCUUAUGUCAGUUAGAUAUAUUGAAAAGCUUGGUGCGCUCACAGGCGACAGUGAGGGUUUAUCAGAGAAGGUCGCCAUCUUGGAACUGCGAGAAGGACCUCAACCGGGGCCCGAACCUAAACGUCGAGGAAGGCCGCCAGCAAAACCCAAAACGACAAAAGCGUCUAAAGCAUCAAAGGUCACCAAAGCCUCCAGAGGUGUUCCUGCAAUUUCUAGUGUGGUUGCAGCGGAGUGCUCUGUAUUGCUUAAACAGAAGGGGAACAUACUUCGACUCAAGGCGCACAAUCUCACAAUGCAGAGGCAAUGCGAGCAAGCCGAGGUUUUGCUUCUGGAGGCAUCCAAGCUGCCAGUCGGACACCAGGAAACAGUGAUACAUGGAUUAACGGAAGCCAAGCAUCUACUUCAGGAGGCGCUCUCACUUGUGGGGUCUGAUCCUGUGUUUAGUGUCCUACACGAGUCCACAAUCUCUCUCCCUAGUGUUGCACCUAGAACGGGGGAGUCAAGUCCUGUUAAAAAAUCAACUAAGAAAGGCGUGGCAGCUGCAGUGAAACAAACGAAAAAGUUUGUUGAGAUCCUGACUAGAGCUAGAGAUGCUGUCGCCAAUGUUCAUACUCGAGCUGUUAAAAUGGGAUCCUCAACGAUAACUCAUAGUGUGGCCUCGCUACUUAGUCAAAUUAUCGUCUUACUAUCUGCCGUAACUAAUUCCAAAGGCAAAGGACCCGAGCAUCCGUUAUUUGCGAGUUAUUCCCUUGAACUUCACAAGGGAAUUUCCUUGCAGAGAGAGAAAGCUGCGAUUGAGACGGAGAAGGUAGUUAGCCGUAUCCCUGAGGACUUGAGCUGGCCAAGAGCAGGUUCUGUUCCCGACGCUCCAAAAUCACUGCUGGCAGGAUCGGCUCCUUUCGAGUUUUCUAACUUCCAGAGUGAUUACGUCGACAUCAUACCUAAAAAAUGGGCGGCUGUGUCUGUUUCACUCAGUGAGAGCCGCGAGGAGCUUUACCUCUCGCGGUUCCAGGCUGGUCAGAGCCAGCUUAUGGUUCGUCUUCCGCUCACGCGGCAUAAUUCCCGUGACGACUAUGAGGACCGAUGGGAAUACGAGUCAAUGCUCGAGGAGCUCAAUGAGAUCGUCAAAGGUGCCAACAUCAGCGCUCAUAAUGCGAAGGAUAUGACGAGCAAAGGCGCAAGGACUGAGUGGUGGAAACAGCGGGAAUCACUCGACACUCAGCUCAAAGAUCUUCUGAGCGUGAUCGAGUAUCACUGGCUGGGCGGCUUCAAAGGCGUAUUUUGCCAGUAUGCUCUACACAAGGAAUACAUGGCGAAGUUCAAAUCUGCCUUUGACAAGGUCCUCGCAAGGCAUCUGCCUUCCCGACAAAAUAGGAGGGCGAAGAGGGUAAAUAUUGAUUAUCGGAUAUUAGAACUCUUUAUCGGUCUCGGGCGGCCGGACGAGCAGGACCUAGAUGAAGCGCUUGUCGACUUGAUCUAUUUCGUUGUUGAUAUCCUACAGUUCCACGGAGAGGGUAACGCCUACGAUGAGGUGGAUUUCGACGUUAUGGUUUUGGAGCUCACGGAGGCUUUAGCAGCAUAUCACAAAGGGGUAUCAUUCCAUCCGAAUGAAGUAGCAAGCGACGUUGAUCACACAAUCCUUAUUCUUGAUAAAUCGGUACACAUGUUUCCGUGGGAAUCACUCCCGUGCCUUCGGGGCCACUCGGUAUCUAGGCUUCCAUCAUUAGCCUCUCUCCGGGACAGAAUCCUCAUGAUGCAGGAGAAGGAACCAUCCCAACAAUCACGGCCCGGAUUCUACGCUGACAAGACCCGUGGAGCUUACAUCCUUAACCCAGGUUCCGAUUUGGUCAACACCCAGAAAGCCUUUGAGGAUGAUCUUAGAACUCUGAAAACCUGGGAAGGAAUUGUCGGCAGGCCUCCUUCUGAAGAGGAGUUCCGGCGUAACCUGGAGGAGCGAGAUUUGUUGCUAUACUUUGGCCAUGGAAGCGGCGCCCAUUUCAUCCGCGCCCGUACGCUCAAAAAGUUAGACAAGUGCGGCAUCGCCUUACUCCUCGGCUGUAGCAGUGGAGCAUUGAAAGACACGGGCGAAUUCGAGCCAUACGGGAUGCCGGUUAAUUACCUGCUUGGGGGCUGUCCAUCAAUGGUGGCUACGCUCUGGGACGUCACGGACAAGGACAUCGAUAGAUUCUCCAAGGACGUUUUCAACAGAUGGGGAUUAUUUAGUGGGCCGGGCAAAUCUAAGAAAGAGAGAGAGCUGGAGGCACCAAAUGCAUCAUUGGUCGAGGCUGUAGCGAAAGGAAGGGAAUCUUGCGUGUUGAAGUAUCUUAAUGGGGCGGCACCGGUUGUAUAUGGCAUCCCGGCGUACUUGUCGUAA